UGACAUUCGAAACGUCAACAAACAAAUAAUUUCAGUCCGAUCAUAAAUUUUCAUUAUUUUUGAGUAAAAUGUAUAGAAUCGGUUCAAAUAAAUGUCCUCAUACCAGUGAAUAGACUAUGUGGAAUAAACUAUCUCAGGCUGCUGGUCUAGCAUCAGUGGAAAGUGAAGAAGAGAAAACAGUAGAAAAAGCUCCUGCCUUUGAAGAUUUUAAGGAAAGGCUACAACAGCAAGAAAUUUUAGUUCAGCAAUUAAAAGAUUUAGUUCGUGAAAAUGAGAAAAGAUUCCAAGAAAAGUCCAAGGAAUAUGAUGAACUUUCAUCCAAAUUUCAAAAAUUUAAAUUUCAAUCUAAAGCAAAGAUUUCCCAUUUGUCCAGUCAGAUUAAAGAACAAGACAAACCUAAAAAGGAAGACUGUGAUUUUGAUGAUACAUCCAGUUCCGAUUCAUCUGAUCAAUCUAGGCGUGGUAAAAUGCUGCUGCUAAAAAAACAACUUGAACAAGCAAAACAACAAUUAGAGAAGAAAGAACAAGAAUCAAAAACAAUUGUUGAUAAUUAUGAAAAAAGAAUAAAUGAUUUAGAAUUGCAGUUAAAUGAGAAGAACAAUUUGAUAUCGUCUCUUGUUGGGGAAGAAUCAAAGGCAAAGGAGGCAGAAGUUGACAAAUCACCUAAGAAAGAAUCCAAUGUCCAGGAAAUGUAUGCUCAAGUUGUAUAUAAAGAUGCCAAAAUAAUGGAAUUAAAUAAUCAAAUAUUGGAACAUGAAAAGAAGAUCAUGGAUUUGCAAGAACACAUCAGAGAAAAAGAUGAAGUAUUACAGCAACGUAAUCGAGCUGUUCAGUUAAUGGCUGAAGAUAUGAGCCGCAAGGGAAAAUCUGUUGUUGAUGAACUAGAUGAAACUAGAGAACAAAUGAAAAUUAUGCAAGAAAAUUUCUCUACUGCUGAAAGUGACUGGAAAAUGGAAUUAGAGAAAUAUAAGCUUAGAAUAUCUGAUUUGGAAAAUGAAAUUACUGAUUAUGACAAAAAGUUAAAAAAUAGUGAAGCCACAAUUAAAAGCAUAGAAAAUGCAAAAUAUGAGCUUACAGUAAAAAAUGCUGAGCUGCAAAAGAAGAUUGUUUGUGUACAAGAAAGUGCUGCUAAGCAAUGUGAACUAUAUAAUAAAGAAAUUGAAGGUGAAGUUGAAGCCUUAAAGAAGAACUUGGAAGCUGAAAAACAGCAUGCUGCCGAAUUACAAAAGGCCUUGGAUGAAUCUAGUAGCCAAUCAGAUAACAAGGUUUUGAAAGCUCGAGUGAAAGAACGAACGAAAUAUAAGGCAUUAGAACGUGAGCUCAAUGAGUUGAAGAAGAAUGCUCAGCAGAAACCUGAGGAAAUAAUUGAGCUCCAGCAAUGUGUUGCAGAAUUAGAGGAAGAAAAAGGUUCCUUACAAUUGAAAUUAAUGGAUUUUGAAGAACAAGUUAUUCAAAUAGAUAAACUUAAAGAAGAAAAUGAAACAUUAAAGGACACUGUGCAAGGAAAGCUCAAUGAAGUACAGAGUUUGGGGAAAAGAAUUAAUGAAAUUCAAUCUGAAAAAGAUAACUUUGAAGCUAAAUUUAAGAGUUUGCAAGAGAGCUAUAAAGAUCUGGAGGGAAAGUUCCAUAAUUUGAUUGAAGAAAAAUCGAAAUUAGAAGAACAUUUCUCUACUGUUAGUAAUUCCAAGGAAGAAAUUGCAAUGAAUUAUAAUAAAUUGAAGGAAGAAUACAGUAAUAUGCAGAGUACAUAUAAUGAUAUUGCUGAAAAUCUGCAACAAUUACAAGAUCAAAAAGUUACUUUUGAAUUGAAAAACAUAGAAUUGGAAGAAAUUAGAGAAAGUGAUGAAAAAACUAAGAAAGAACUUCUUGCUGAGAUUGAACAAUUGAAGGAAUCUUUUUACAGUGAAAGUAAACCAGAUAUACAGUUAGAGAAAGAAAAUUCUGAAAUAAAAGAGGAGUUGAGAAUCAUGUCAGAUAAACUCAAAAAUUCAGAAGAUCGAAUAUCUGAAUUAUUAUCAGAUAUUAAUAAACUUCAAGAGAAAUUGGAAAACCAACAUCAAAAGCAUUCUUCAGAAAUUGAAGAGUUAAAUAAUAAGAUCAAAACUCUUGAAGAUGAUUAUAAUAGAGCCAUUCAAGAAUUAGAAAGCAAAACUAAUGAAUGUGUGGAAAAAGAAAAGGCAAUCCAGGAGUUAGAAAGUGAUAACAAAAAAGUCAUUCAAGAUUUAGAAAGCAAAGUUAAGGAAUGUGUGGAAAAGGAAAAGAUAAUCAAUGAGUUAGAAAGUCAUUAUUCAUCUGUUCAGAAUCAGCUUUCAGAUUUCUAUAGUUGUAUUGGAGCCAAAAAUUUAAGUGAUUGUAAGAAAUAUGCCAUUCAAAAAACUGAAGAAUAUUCAAAUCUAAAGAAUGAUUAUGACAAAGAAAUAAAAGAAAAAGCCAAUAUGCUGAUCUGUCUUCAAGAAAAAGACGAAGAACUGCAUAGAUGUAACUUAAAAAUUGAUAAGUUGCAAUCUAUUCUAGAAAACAGAGAUGCUGAAUUGAAGUCUUUUGAAACAGUCAUUGAAAAGUUGAAGGAAACUGUUUCUGAAAAAGAAAAUAUCAUUAGUAAAAUUUCUUCGGAUCUCGAAGAAAAGAUGUCCUCAGAAAAACUGCUUUUUGAAACUAUUCAGGAGAAAACACAGCUUCUUUCAAAUUCAGAGGAAAUACUAAGGAAUUUAAAGCUUGAAUUACAAACAUUAAAGGAUACUCAACUUGUUUAUCAAGAAAAAAUGAAAGCUAAUAGCUCUUCACUAUUAGGACAAAUCACUGAUUUGGAAACAGAACUGGAUGCUCUAAGAGAUGAAUUGACAUCUAAAAUAAAAGUCAUUGAUGAAUUAAAUGAAAUAAUCCUAAAUUUAAAGAAAGAAAAUGAAAAUGUUCAUUCAGAGUUGAGAGAAAAAGAAAGAUUAAUUCAGGAGAAAGAUGGUGCCAUUAAAAAUUUCGAAUCAGUUACUCAGUUUAAUAAAGAUGAGAUUAAUUCUUUAAAACAAGAAAGAGAACGUAUAAAAGCAGAAAUAUUAGUUAAAGAUUCAUAUGUCAUGGAAUUGAAUGAGAAACUGCAACAACUAGAAAAUGAACUGGAGACUCAGGAAGCUGAAUUAAAUACGCUAAGAAAUGAAUUAAAAUCAAAAACAAAAAACAUUGAUGAAUUAAAUGAAAUUAUAUUAAGUUUAAGAAAUGAAAAUGAAAAAAUUCAUUCAGAAUUGGAAGAAGUAGAAAAUUUAAUUUGGGAGAAAAAUAAUAUCAUUGAAGAUUAUGAAUCAGCUGAUAAGGCUAAUAAAGAUGAAAUUAACUUUUUGAAAGAUGAAAUAGAAUGCAUUAAAGAAGAAAUUUUUGAUAAAGAUUCCGAAAUAAAUGUGCAGAAUCAAAGGCUUCAGCUGCUAGAGAGUGAAUUUAAAGCAAUAACAAAUGAAUUUUCUUGUUCGCGUGAAGAAUUUCAAAACCUAAUUGAAACCCACUCAGUUAAUGAAGAAACUAUAAAACUUUUAAAGGAAAGAAAUUCUGUUUUAGAGAGGGAAAAAUUGCAUUCUAAUAUGGCAUUUACAGAAAAAGAUGAAGCAUAUAAGAAGGUUUUAACUGAAAAAACGCAUUUAGAAUCUGAAUUUUUGAAACUUCAGGAUGAAAAGGAGUCAUUAGAUGCAUUGUUAAAAGAAAAAGCACAGGAAUUGGACAUUGUAAAUAGUGCCAUUAAUAAAUUAACUAAUUUAAUUGCCAGUUCUGAUAGUAAGAUAGUACAAGAUUUCUUAUCUGAACUGUCUGAUAAAAAUAGCAACUUGAAACAACUGGGUGAUAAAUAUUUCUCUUUUCUCAAAAGUAUGCAAAAUGAUGUAGAUUUAUUAUCUAGUGAAAACUCUGCAUUGCAAAGCAAGAUUGAAGAAAUGAGAAUUGUUGUCAAUGAUCAGCAGAUGAAGGUUCAGGAAUCUAAUUCAAUCAUCGAUGCACUUCAAAAGGAAUCUUCUGAUAAGCAUAAGGAAUUUGAAAAAAGGCUCAAUGCAUUGACAGAUUCUAAGAGUACGCUUGAAAAUCAAAUAAUUGAAUUUCGGGCGAAGGUGGAUAGUUUAACAAAUGAAAAUGAUUCAUUACGGAACAACCUUAAUUCAUUACAAGAAGGACAUGCAUUGGAAAUAUCUACAUUGAAUGAGAAAAUUUCAGGUUAUGACUCUGAGCUGCGUAUUGCAAAUGAAAAAAUCAAAGCUUAUGAGGAUGAUAAUUCUAAACUGUGUGAUUCGCUUAAAGACUCUAUAAGAGAUUACAAAAUUAAAGAAGAAAACUAUGAAAAACAAAUCUGUGAUUUAUCAGAAAUAAAUGAAACGCUGGAGAAGAAACUUCAGGAAUCAGAGUCAGAGAUUAGGGAUUGCAAAGAAAAAAUCACCACGACAGAAAUGGACGCAGUUUUUCAGAAUGCGAGAUUUGCCGACGAAUUGGCAGGUUUAGAAAUAUCGCACCAAAUGCUUAUAUCAAGCAGAGAGAAUUUAGAGAUAACAAUAUCAGAGUUGAGAUCUCAAAUUGCUGAAUAUGAAAAUGAAAUUUCUUCAUUUAAACAAUCAGUUUCCGAAUUGGAAGAAAAAGUUUUGGAAAAAGAAAAUCAAAUGAUUGAUCUGCAAGAUCAGUUAAAAGUACAAGCUGAAAAACUUACGGAUUUGCAAAGUCUUUUUGAUCAAAAAUCAAUUGAAAAUGAAAAAUAUAAGCAUUUAAUAGAUACUCAGUUUCCAUGUUUACAGAGUUGUAGACAGCAUUAUUAUAUGAUGGUGAGUGCUCUGUUAAGUUCGUUUCAGAUAGAUACAGACAUUUCAUUUCUUGAAAAAGACGAAUGGGAAUCAGUAGAUGAAUUUUCUGUUAAAUCGAAAAAUGUUAUUGAUCGUGUUGUUGAACAUUCUGUAGAAGUUCAAUCUCUUAAAUCGAUUUGUAAUUCUUUAGAAAGCAAAGUGGAAUCUUUGGAAGAAGAAAAUAAAAGCCUGCUGUCCUUGUGUUAUAUUCUAAGAAACUUUUUAACUGGUUUAUCGAAUUCCGUACAAAGCAGUCUCAAAGAGAAUGACACGAAAUUUAAUGUGAUAUUAUCUUCCUUUCAGAAUAAAGAAACUGUGCUGGAAAGUCUAAAAUCAAAGAUUUUGAAUUUAAGUAAAAAACAAAGUUUGAGCAAAAGUCAUUUUCAUGAACUGGAAGCCGAAAAGAAUUCAUAUUUAGAAAAGCUGAAAGAAAGCGAAAAAUCCCUCACUGAAACUGAGCAGAUUAUAAAUGCCUUAAAAAUAGAAAACGAAGAGGUGAAGAGGCAAAAUGUCCAAUUAGUUGAUCAAUAUGAAACAAAAAUCUUCCAUUUAGAAGACAUCACUCGCAAAUAUAACGAUUUGUGUGAAGCACACGCAUUGCAGAGAAACGAAUUACAAUCUGCUUAUGCUAAAAUUCAAGAAUUCCAUACUCUAAUGAGUAACAAAGAUGAAAAAGUUUUUCAAUUAGUUCAUGAAUUAGAAACCUCAAAGGGCGCGUUAAACACUCUGCAAUCUGAACUGUCAAUUGCACAUUCCACAAUAUCUUCCCUCCAAAAUGAAAUUAAUCAAUUAAAUAAGCAGGUUAGCGACUAUGAAGAAGAGUCCCGAGUUCUAGAAAGUUCGAACAAUGUGAGCAAUGGAUUGCAGAUGGAAGUUGAAAAUUUAAAACGUGAAUUGUCAUCCUGUGAAGAGGAAAAGAAUUAUUUGCAACAACACAUAGACAAUGCAAAUUCACAGAUACAGACACUGUUAACUGAGAGAGCAAGUCUUGAAUCUACUAUCGGGGAAAUGCAAUACAAAUUGGAUAAUCUCACUGAAAUAAAUCUUAAUUUAUCUAAUUCUUUAGAAGAAUCGAAAUUAUUAAUUGCACAAAAUGAAGAAAAAAUCAGGAUUUUGGUAGAACAAAAUUCGAAUUUUGUGUCCAUGCAUGAAAAAGUAUGUGAAGAGCUUAAUUCUUUGAAAUCGGCAAAGGAUGAAUCACAGUCUAAAGAAAGAAUCGAAUUUACGAACAAAAUAAGCUUACUUGAGAAAAGUAGAGAUAAUUUAAUCAAUGCUUUAAUCAAAAUUAAUAAUUUUGUAUCAAACGUUGAAAUACCGGAUUGUGAUUUUCCAUCCACUGAUCUUGAAGACGAAACGUCGAAAAAAAUUAUCUUAGAGCUUCAAAAAUGUUUACUCCAAAGUAGAAAACAUUUUUAUGAUGAAAUAAACAGUUUAAAAAGUAAAUUUGAAGCAACAGAAUCUCAAAAUAAGCAGCUAUGUGAGGAACUGGAAAAAGUUAAAGAAGAAUUUACGGCAAGUCAGAAAGUCAAAGAUACCGUUAAAAUUGAAGAACAAAUUACUCCCGUUUCACGUGAAGUAAAAGUUGGCACAGAUGUCUUCCAGCAAGCCUCUUCAAAAAUCGUGCCGUCAUCAGAACCAUUAACAACCUCGGAGCAGGGCGAUCCAUCACAAAAACGAGAAGCUGAUGAAUAUAAAAUAAAAUUUGCGAAAGUUUUAAGUAGGUUGAAAGUGUUUAAAGAUAAAAACGAGAAACUCACCAAUGAAAUACAAGAACUUAAGAACCAAAUCUCUGAACUCGAAGAAGCCAAGUUAAGAAGUACAAGGAGUGAACAGGAAUUAGUAGCAGACUUGAAUAAAGUAACAAAUGAAAAUAAGGAACUUAGAGAUGCAUUACAGUCUGUUGGUGAGAAACACCGUUCUGAGCUCAAUAAAGCUAAUGACAAAAUUUUGCAGUUGAAAGAGCGCAAUUCUAUUCUGGAUGAAGAAUGUUGCAGGAUAAGAAAAGAACUGCAAGAGUAUAAGCACACAUGGGAGCAAGCGAAUGUUUCAUAUGAAUUGCAGAAAGAAGAUAACGAAAGACUUAGAGAAAAAUUGAAGGAAACUGCUGAACAGUCUGGAGAACUGAAAACAAAAAUUUCGGAGCUUAACAAUCAGCUAAUGCAGUUAAAAAAUGAAAAUAUUCAUUUGCAUCAAGAGGCUGAGAAUUUGAGAGAGCAUGCAAAUAUGCUACUCUCCGACAAUGAUACGUAUCAGGAUCUCAUUGAAAAACUGACAUCGUCAAAAACUUCAUUAGAACAAAAAUUAUCGAACUUAACUGAAAAAUUCAAUGCAGAAUUAAAAAGUUUGCAGCAUCAGCAUGAAUUGGAGUUACAAAAUUUGAAAGCUGAACCUAGAGAAAUUGCAGAUAUUUCACAGUCAAAAGAACUUGAAAAGGAACUCAUCUCAUUAAAAGAGAUGUGUUCCGAGAUGCAACAGCAUAUUGAAAAACUUGAAAAAGAGCGUGAUAUUUCCCUUAGAAAUCAAAAUUUGUUGGAGAAAGAAAAGGUAUAUUUGCAACAUCAAUUGCUGGAAAAAGCGGACGAACUACAGAAAACCAAAAAUUACCUCGAUGAUGUCAUCAAAAAUAAAACUUCUGCUGCAGAAAGUAUUAGUAGUGUUGAAUCGCCAAAAUUCUCUCCAAAUGAAACCCUUGUCCAUGAAAUAAGCGAACUAAAAGAAGAAAAUAAGAAUUUGAAAUCACAGUUGAACUCUGUUAUGCAAGAACUGAAUUUGACCAACGAAAAUUUUGAAAUCAUGAAACAAGAUUUCUAUAACAAAGAAAAUUAUUACGUGGAUAGAAUAAAACUACUUGAAACACAACAAGGAAGGCAGGAAGUUUCCGUGAACAUACCUCAUGAUCAAAAGAGUGUUUCUGAUGCCGUCAGAUUAGAAAGUGAACUUCAGCAGGCUAUGAGCAGUUUACACAAGCAAGGUCUAAGAUGUGAAGAGUUAAGCUUAGAAGUUAGUAAGCUUUUAGAAGAAAGAAAUAUAUUGAGAUGGAAGUUGCAGCAAUAUGGCCAGGUGAAUCCAGAAGUUAAAUCGCAGUCCGAAAUAGAUUCUGGUGCCUCAACGUCUGACCUUAUUUCAGUUAAGGUUGAAUCCCCAUCUAUGUCUCAGGAUGUUGCUGCCCUCCAUGCUAGUAGAUUAAGGGAAAGCGAAAAAACCUGCCAACAGUUGCGCCAAGCCAAUGAGGCCUUAGACAGAGCAUUAAUCACUGAAAGGGACCAAAAGAAGAUGAUUGAAGAAGAGUUGGAUUUGGCGAAAGAACAUCUUUCUGAAGAGGCCAAAGCAUCUGAUGAGUAUCAGAUUUUGUUAGGAGAAAUCAAUGAACCUGAAUUCUUUGCUGAAACGAAUUUUUCUGUCAGUCGAAAUAUCAGGCCCUAUGUUUACAGAUUGCGACGAUGGUUCAGAGGAAGAAGAAAUUACCUGUGCCGAACAGUGAAAAGUCGAAAUUAUCCUCAACUUGUAUAUAUAUUUUAUAUCUUUUUCAUUCACAUUUGGCUUUUAACCUGUGUUUUUAGUUAGCUUCCAAUAAAUUUUGAAGAAUUAUAAGUGAAAGAAAAAAAUCUAUUUUUAUAGAACAGAUGCUGUUAAAGAUCUAUCUAAGUAUUGAAUUUCAUACUAACAUGUGAAAGCAGUUAGUAACAUAUUUUGUUCCUAUUUGUUUGGAAGCUGAAAGGUUGUCUUUAAUAUUUAAUUUUGCAUUUAAUUCAGCUUUAUCGGAAAAUCUGUUAUUAGUCCAUAAACAAAACUUUAUUUAAUUGUUAGUUAAGCUUUGCAAGCAUUUAUUCAGUAUUUGUAUAUAUGUACUUAAGCAAGAUUUUUUACAGAGGGAAUACAUUGAAACUACCAUAAAAUGUUAUGAUGAAUUAUACCUUUUUUGUAAUCAAUAAAUUAAGUUCUUCAAAACUAUUUAUUUCAAUCUUGGAUAUUUUUUGUAAAGUAUUAUAAACUGUAAUUCUACAGUUAUGGUUCCAUUUUUCUUGUGUGUUUAAUAUCGUUUGGUACACAGCUAAAAGUGACCAAGUCAAAGUAAAAAAGAAUGGUGUAUUCUUAUUAUUUAAAAAUGGCAUAUAUGUUAUAGAAAACUAUUUAUCAGUAUGCAAUAUAAAAAAACCUUUAUUUUGAUAUAUGUGAUUUUUUUUUUUUUGGUUAUAAAAAAGUUACACUUUAAAAUAACUCAAUAAUAAAUCAUUUUUCUUCAUAUAUGUGUUCGUGUGUGUGUCUUUGUUUUACUCGGUCACUUUUAAAAAAAUGUAUGCUGGCAAUAUAUUAUGCUAUCAAGUAAUAAUUUUGAAAAAUGAAUUGAGCAACAACUUACAAUAAAAUCUUAUGCAAAAAAUAUGUAUAAAUUAUUAAAACUACUAUUUUAUAUUCAAAUAUAAUUAUUUGUGAAUUGCAUGAGUUAUUUUAUUUAAAUGUUGUUGCCUAGUGAGCAGCUAUAAGGAUUUUAUUUAAAUGACAUAUAUUUUAUAUACAGUUACUACUAAAUUUGAUAAA